GAGCGCAACGCCAUGUCUGCACUCAAAGUCCUGCGCUGUCUGCUGCUAAUAUGUUACGCCACAGACGGAAGGAUGUCAAAGUCAAACGUAGCAGACAUAGCCCUCCCUGAAGAGCAGUGGGGGCCUCCCGGAAAAAAAGCAUUGCCCGUGGACGUCAGCAGCACGGUCUUCCGGCUGUUUUUGACGACGGCGGGGGAGGACACCUGCGUCCUGAAGCCCAGGCAGCUGCACGGCCUCUCGUCGUGCAGUUUCAACGCCACUAAUCCCCUCAUCAUCAUCACUCACGGGUGGUCGGUGGACGGCACGAUGGAAAAUUGGGUGACCAGGUUGGCCUCCAUCCUCAAGGCUCAUCUUAAAGACGUCAAUGUGGUGAUAACCGAUUGGUUGUCUCUGGCUCACCAGAACUACCCCAAAGCGGCACGCAGCACACGUACAGUUGGAAAAGACAUCGCACAUCUGCUGAUGUCACUCAAGGAGCAGUAUGAAUAUUCCUUUCGGAAAGUUCAUUUGAUCGGUUAUAGCCUGGGAGCUCACAUCUCUGGCUUUGCCGGAAGCUAUCUUAGAGAGCCAGAACAAAUUGGAAGAAUUACUGGUCUGGAUCCUGCCGGGCCGUUGUUUGAAGGCACGUCACGUGCCGACAGACUGUCUCCCGACGACGCAGAGUUUGUGGACGCUGUUCACACGUUCACCCAUGAGCGACUGGGCCUCAGCGUUGGUAUCAAGCGAGCCGUGGCUCAUUAUGACUUUUACCCCAAUGGCGGCGACUUCCAACCUGGAUGCGACAACAUCUAUGAGCAUAUCUCACAGUACGGCCUUCUUGGCUUUGGGCAAACAGUGAAAUGUGCCCAUGAGCGCUCCGUGCAUCUGUUCAUCGACUCUAUGCUGAAUAAGGACCGGCCGAUGCAGGCCUACAGGUGCAAUGACAAGCAGGCCUUUGACAGAGGUGUCUGUGUGGACUGUCGUGGGCACCGCUGCAACACGCUCGGCUAUGACAUCAAGAAGGUGCGCACGGGACGACGUGACAACAGGCUGUACCUGAAAACGCGCUCUGCGCCGCCCUACAAGCUUUACCAUUACCAGUUAAGAAUCCAGUUUGUUCAGUCCAUUGAGAACACCAAGCCACCGCUCAGCAUCUCCCUCACUGGUACAGAUGAGGAGAGCGCGGCACUUCCCAUUGCUUUCACGGAGGAGGUUUUGGGGAAUAAGACGUACACCUUCCUGAUCACACUGGAAAAACAUUUGGGGGAUCUGAUGCUGCUCAAGUUCCACUGGGAGGGAUGGGAUCUGUUAAAAAGCAUGUGGAAGCGAGUGCAGACCAUCAUGCCUUGGGGCAGGCAGCACACCAAACCACGACUGACCGUGGGCAGGAUCAGCGUCAAGGAUGGCUACACGCAACAAAGGACAUAUUUUUGCGCCAUGACAAAUGACCACCAGCAUUGGGAAAUGUCAAAAGUAAAAGUGUUUGUACGCUGUCAACAAGACCCAAGAAAGCAGCAGCACAGGAGGAGAAAGCACACCUAA